GCCAUGGUGUCCUGCGGCGCUUUCCACAGCUUCCUCUUCGAGUACGACACCCCCCGCAUCGUGCUGAUCCGGAGCCGCAAAGUGGGGCUCGUCAACCGCCUGGUGCAGCUCGCCAUCCUCGCCUACGUGAUCGGCUGGGUCUUUCUGUGGGAGAAGGGCUACCAGGAAACAGAUUCUGUGGUCAGUUCUAUAACCACAAAGGUGAAAGGAGUAACUCUGACAAACACAUCCGGCUUGGGAGCCAGGAUCUGGGAUGUAGCUGACUAUGUCAUCCCUCCUCAGAGAGAAAACACUGUGUUUGUCAUGACAAAUGUGAUACUCACACUGAACCAGACGCAAGGCCGCUGCCCUGAGCUUCCAGAUGAUAAAACAAUAUGCACAACAAAGGAGGACUGUACUCCAGGAUACGUUGGCACCCACAGCAAUGGCAUUCAGACUGGGGAGUGUAUAUUAUAUAACAGCAGCAUCAGUUCCUGUGAGAUCUUUGCAUGGUGCCCUGUGGAGAAUGACUCUUAUAUACCCAAGCCAGCAUUCCUACAAGAAGCUGAGAACUUUACCAUUCUAGUGAAGAACAACAUUUGGUAUCCUAAGUUCAACUUCAGCAAGCGAAACAUCCUCCCCACUAUCAACUCCACCUACCUCAAGAACUGCAUCUAUGACUCCCAGACAGAUCCCUUUUGCCCUAUCUUUCGUUUAGGGAAAAUAGUUGAAGCUGCGGGGCAGAACUUCCAAGAAAUGGCUGUGGAGGGUGGAGUCAUGGGGCUGCAGAUCAACUGGGACUGCAACCUUGACAGAGCUGCUUCCCACUGUGUGCCAAGGUACUCCUUCCGUCGCCUUGACAGCAAGGACUCUGCCCACACUGUGUCACCUGGAUACAACUUCAGGAUGUGGUGGGAGACUGCUGUCACGAGAAAGCUGACAGGACAAGGGUGUGUUUGGUUUGCAAAAUACUACAGGGAUCAGAAUGGCACUGAAUCACGGACACUUGCCAAAGCUUAUGGCAUCCGCUUUGAUAUCAUAGUGUUUGGAAAGGCAGGAAAAUUUGACAUAAUUCCUACAAUGAUUAACAUUGGCUCGGGCUUAGCGCUGUUUGGUGUGGCAACCGUUCUAUGUGACAUUGUUGUCCUGUAUUGCAUGAAGAAGAGAUAUUUCUAUCGAGAGAAGAAAUACAAAUAUGUGGAGGAUUAUGAACUGGGUGGCAGUGAGACAUAUGGAACAAACUCCUAACCUCCUGCUGCUGCAGCACCAACUGCUGAAUGUGAACUGCUGCUGUGAAUGUUACUCUGAACCUGCUAGAAGACACCCUCCCCCUUUUUUUGGGAAGAGGAAAGGGAACAACAGAUCCUAUUCACUGCUCAUCACCUUUGCUGGCCAGAGCCUACACCCAAAAAGAGGAACUGAACCUGCUUUCUGUCUGCUGUCUUUCCAGGGUAAUUGAGCAAAGCACAUGCGGGGGAUUGUGCUUCUGUGCCACGCCUCUGCACAAGCUAAGCCUGGGCCAGGGACUGCUCUGUCACAGUCAUUUCAACAAUCCUCUUUUCUCCAAGUUCCCUGGUACCAGAAAGCUGUGAAGCCCUUAACAGAUACAGAUUCUUCCUUGGCCCCUGGUACGUCGCCCCUGCUGGGUGUGGCCUAGUCUUAGGAGAGGAGCGCCUUGCUGUUAUCGAAUCACUUUUCCUCACUGUUAAGAUCAGGAUGUUUAGCUAAGACUGCACCAUUUGAUUGUGUUUUCAGGCUCCAGUGGCCACAAACUGAGAUGUAGUAGUGUCCAUUUUUAUUGUGCUAUGACAGUGAAGGGCUUUAGGUGACUGGCUUACUUGUUACAAUUUUUUUUUCUCCCUAGUUUGACCGUUUUUAUGUUACUAUUAAAAAUGAAAGUCAAAUUUAAAGUAAAGUACUACCCUCUAUGAGCUAUCUUGGAGGCCUGCAAGUUUCUUUUCUUCCCCAUAAGGAUUAGAGCCAGUUAACUACCUUCACUUUAUACAGGCAGAAACUCUUACUAGUGAGCUAUCAUCGACGCCAGUGCUGCAUUCAGCUUUGCCUCUCGACUCUCAGCAACAGCGCUGUGUGACACCUAAGGCAUCUGCUCCACCUGUUCUCCUGACUGACGUGUCCAAAGGUUGUGUCUGUUUGCAGGACAGGCAGUUCACUUUAUCUGUGUCUGUUGUAUUGGAAGACGUUCCUGUGAGUUAAAACUCUACCCAAGGGAAACUGGGGGCCAGCACUGUCUUAGCCAAAGGUUAGUACAUUCCCUGGCAUCCCUUCCAUAUCUUGGUACUGAGGGACUUUUCACCUCCAGACCCUCUAUCUGGCUGUUUAAUGUGCUUGCUCAGUUUGCCUUAAGUGCAUCUGUUGACUGCUGUCUUCUGGUGACCCUGAGCUUCUCCAGUGAGAGCACUGACUUGCAAAGAACAGUUCUUCCUUUUUCUGAAUCUUUUCCAGUAUUACAGAGCUCUGGGAGCUAUUG